AUGUUUUAUGUAUUCCUUGGUUUAUCCACUUAUAUUGCUACUUCUACCUUCUUCUUAUACAAUCCCCAAUUAUUACAUGGUAAAAAAAAGUCUGCAAUUAAAUGCAGGCAUAUUAGCCAUCGUGGAGGUGCUGCUGAAAACUUGGAGAAUACUAUCACUGCUUUUAAACAAUUAUUACGUUUGAUAGCUAAAAUAUGGUUUUUAUCUUUGCUUUGCAGUGCAAUCGAUUGUGAUACUGACAUGCUGGAGAUUGAUCUACACAUCACAAAAGAUGGACAGGUAGUGGUAUCACAUGAUGAUUAUCUUUCAAGAUCUUGCCAAAAAGCAAUAUAUGUUAAUCAAACUGAUUAUCAGGAUUUACCGAUGCUUGAACCUCCUCUGAAAGUUACUUUCACAAAAGAUGAUUGGUGCUAUGGUGAUCGUAGCGAUCGAAAAAUAGCGCUAUUAAGUGAAGUGUUUGAUGCAUUUGCGAAUACUCCUAUUAAUAUGGACCUCAAAGUUUGCGAUGAAAAGCUAAUCAUUCAGACGGACUGUUUAAUCAGAAAGUACAAGAGAGAAAACAUAACCAUUUGGGGAAGUGCAAAUGAUGUCGUUUUGCAAAAAUUAUACUUACAAAAUCCUGAAGUUCCAACAUUUUUCUCUAAGAGACGUGUGGUGAUUACAAUUUUACUUUUUUAUACUGGUUUGUUACCGUUUGUUCCCAUCAAAGAAUCGUACUUUGAGGUGAUUAUGCCAAGCAUAGUUAAAAAAGUUUUAAACCCAGAACUUCCUAUAAAAAGUUGUGCCUAUGCCAAAUUCAUCGAUUAUUUACUGAUGAGGCCAAGCUUGAUAAAUCAUUUAAAGCGCAGAGGCAUACAGGUAUAUCUGUGGGUGCUCAAUGAUGAAAAUGACUUUCGUAGGGCGUUCCGAUUAGGAGCUGAUGGAAUUGUUACCGAUUAUCCCACCAAACUGCAAAAAUUUCUACAAAAACAAAAAAGCGACUAA